AUGUCGAAAGUCUGUCUCGUCACUGGAGGAACCCAAGGCAUCGGUCGCGCUGCGGCUGAGCUGCUGGCACGUCAAGGAUGGAAAGUCGUCGUCUCCGGCCGUAACGCCCAGAACGGCCAAAAGGUGGUCGAAACGAUCCGAAGUGAAGGGGGAGAAGCAAUGUUCGUCGAGGCUGACAUGUGCAGCCGAGAGGACAUCAGUGCGCUCCACAGGCGUAUCAUUGCAGUCUAUGGACGUCUUGACGCUGCUGUGAACAACGCUGGCAUCAUGAACGACAUGAAACCUUUUACAGACCUGUCCUCGGAUAAUUUCGAACGCAUGUGGCAGAUCAACGUGCUUGGUCUGUUCUGGUGUAUGCAAGAGCAAAUCCGUCUCAUGGUGCCGCAGAAUUCGGGCCACAUCAUCAACAUGUCAUCUGCCGCGGGGUUGCAUGGGACGCCUGGCGCCGCCACGUAUGCCGCCACGAAGCAUGCUGUCGUCGGAUUGACUCGUACCGCGGCGGCUGAGUACGCGCAGGCUGGACUCUAUAUCACUGCAAUUGCACCUGGAGUCAUCAAAACCGAAAUUCUUGAUGGGAUGAUCAAGACUGGAGCUAUGACCGAGGAAAGCCUGUGUGAGAUGAUGCCAGUUAAGAAACUUGGCGAUCCUGCUGAGAUAGCAAGGGCUGUCUCCUUCUUGCUAAACUCCAAGUUCACCACUGGAAGUGUGCUUGAGGUGGACGGAGGCCAUGGGGCUACCUGA